AUGAAAUCAUCAUAUAAUAUAUACAAAAGAUUCAUAUUAUUGUUUCUAUUUAUGAUCCAUUCUGUGAACUGUAUUGGAUUAACAAUACCACCAAUUAAAGAUGGACAUAAGAAACAAUUAAGUUCAAUAAAUAACUUGGAGAAUUGUGUUUCUUAUCAAACUAAUGUACAAGAUAUCAUAUUAAUAUCAAUUAAACUGAAUGAAAAGAUUACCAGUCAAUUAUUAAAUUUAAAUAUAUUUGAUAAUUUAGGUAAUCAAUUAAGAAAACAAAAGAAUAUAGGAUCAAGAGAAAUUGAUUUAAUAAUCACUAAUGUUGAUAAUAAAUUAAGUUCUACACCCAAGGAUAAACGAGAUGAACUGGCUAAAUCAAUUAUAAAUAUAUUUGAAUUAACGGUUGAAGUUAAACAAAAUAUAAAAACAACUGAUUAUAAUUUAUAUAAGAAAUAUUUUAGUAAUAACAAAAAGGGAAAGCAACAACAAGAAGAAGAAGAGUUUACUCAAGAAUCAUUUGAUAAUUCAGUUGGAUCAGUUAAACAAGAAUUGAAAAAUAUUGUUGAAAAUUUGCAUUCGCUGCAAUCAAUAUUACAAGAAUUGAUGGAAGUUGAAUAUAAAUUAAGAGAUACUAAUGAAGAAAUUUAUUCUGAUUAUACCUUGAUUAGAAUUAUCAUAAUUUCUUGUAUUAUAUUAUUUGGAUUAACUCAAGUGGUUUAUAUUAAAAGUUAUUUAAAGAAUAAGAAUUUAUUGUAA